AAACAGCAAGAACAAUCUCUGCAAUACUCACUUCACCUAUUUUAACUUCCUUAACACUGUCUGUCCCAAACUGACAAAUUAACAAACCAUUCAUCGCUCCACAAAUGUUGGAGCAAGAACUCUUUACCACCACCACCACCUCAGCCACCGCCACCGCAACCAUUAGGCCUGCGGUCACGUGGCCACGAACAUGUGACACGUGCCGCUCGGCCGCAUGCGCGGUCUUUUGCCGCGCAGACUUGGCUUACUUAUGUGCCGCGUGUGACGCGCGCGUCCACGCGGCCAAUCGUGUAGCCUCGAGGCACGAGCGUGUUUGGGUCUGCGAGGCCUGCGAACGUGCCCCGGCGGCUUUUCUUUGUAAAGCCGAUGCCGCAUCUCUUUGCUCUACCUGUGAUGCGGAUAUCCACUCUGCCAAUCCUCUUGCCAGCCGCCACCAACGUGUCCCUAUUCUUACGAUCUCCGGCUACCUUUAUGGUCCUCCGGCGACCCUUUUAGGUGCCGAAGAUCACGAAGGGUUUGUUGGUGGUGGUGGUGACGUGGAGGAAGAGGAGGAUGAAGUUGUUGAUAAUAUGGAAGAUGAAGAUGAAGCAGCUUCAUGGCUUUUGUUGAAUCCUCUCAAGAAUAGUAACAACAAUAAUAAUAGUAAUGAUCAUAAUCAAGAGGGUAAUAAUGGAUUUUUGUUUAAUGGUGAAGUUGAUGAGUAUUUGGAUCUUGUUGAUUGUAACUCUUGUGGUGGUGGUGGUGAUAACAAUUUCAAUACCAAUACUACUCAUCAUGAUGAGUAUAGUGUUGUUCCUGUUCAACAGCAGCAAGUACAGAAUUUUCAACUUGGGUUGGAUCAAUUUGAGUCUUCCAAACCUGGAUUCAGUUACAAUGGUUCUAUUAGUCAAAGUGUAUCAGUUUCAUCAAUGGAUGUAGGUGUUGUACCAGAAUCAACAAUGACCUAUUCAAGACCUCCAAAAGGAACAAUUGACCUAUUUUCUGGUCCUCCAAUUCAAAUGACUUCACAUUUCUCUCCAAUGGACAGAGAAGCAAGAGUCCUAAGGUACAGAGAAAAAAAGAAGACAAGAAAAUUUGAGAAAACAAUAAGGUAUGCAUCAAGGAAAGCCUAUGCCGAGACUCGACCGCGUAUAAAAGGUCGAUUCGCAAAACGAACUGAUGUAGAAGCUGAAGUUGAUCAAAUGUUUUCAUCAACACUAAUUACAGAAAUUGGAUAUGGCAUUGUUCCAUCUUUCUGAGUUAAACAAAAUGGUCAGAAGAUUAUUGUAAAAAUCCGGCACCAACCACUGACACUAUUACUCACGAUCUCGUCCCUUUGUCCCCAUUACAAAUUAGGAGUUUUUGGUUUCUCUGAGAAUUGAACCCAAUAUAGAGGGAAUAAGUACCACCAUUCCAUCAAGUGGCAAUUACUUAUUACCAAGAUAUUGGGUUCAACUUCUACGAAAGACAAAUAAUCGCUAAUUUACAACAGAGACAAAAGGGGCGAGAAGAUCGUGAAUAAUAGUACUGGUAAUUGGUGCUAGACUUUUACGAUAAAAAGAACAAGGUUGAGAAACAUGACCAUAACAGAAAUAGCAAUCACUUGUGUUCUAUUAUUACUAUGAUUUUUCUACUAAUACUGUAUUUUUUCUUCUUCAUAUAAUCUAAUUACUUGCAGUUGCACUAAUUAGAUAUAUGCUUUAUUAUCUUGUUUAUUAUAUUUUGAAUGUGCUGAUAGUUGUAAAUACAGUCCUUAUAUUAUUAAGUUAUUAAAUUAAAGUCAACAUAUAUUUUGAAA